AUGGAAUUCCAUUCCUUCUUCCUUGAAGAGGACAGAAAAUUGAAUGUUAUACUGAGGGGACUGGAUCAAAAUUUCAAACUAGAAGAAGUGGAGGAGGAACUUAGAAUGAUGGGGUCCGAGCCUGAGGAACUGGGUUGGUUUAAAACCGACCCAGGUCGCCGAAGACCCACGGACCUCAUCAGGUUCCUCGUCCCUAAAGAGCAGGAGGCCGUGUUCGAGAUUGAAAGUAUGCCAAGAUACAAGAACCCAUUCGAAAAGGGACGUCUCAUCGUCCAGUUUUGGGUUCAGUUCCCGAAAACCAUCGCCCCAGAACUGAUUCCAGAGUUGGAAAAUUGCCUCCCUCCACGCGAAGAAGUGAUGAUCCCUGACGGUGCGGAAGAGUGCGUCUUGGAAGACUUCGAUCCGGAACAGGAAGCGAGAAGACGACAACAUAAGAACGCGUAUGACGAAGACGAGGAGAUGCACAGCCCCGGGGGUCAACGGGUGCAAUGUGCAACCAAUUAG